AAGACAAAAGCUUUCCUGAGAACAUGGAUCAAGAUCAAGUUGAAAUUUGUACAAUUUGUGACGGUCGUCUGGACAGUGAAACAGGAGUCAUUGUUGUGAAGAAAAAGGGUAUUCAAACAUUCAUAGAAAAAAGUAAGCUGAAAGGUGAUGAUAAAUGGAAGUUAUGGGAAAAUCACGACCACGUAACGUUUCAUGAUAAGUGCAGAAAACGGUAUGCAGCAUCUUCAGAUCAGACCAUUAGAAAAAAAAAAUUAUCAAAUGAAUCUUCAUUUCGUGAAAACCGUGUCCUCUCACAACCAUCAACAUCGACAAUGCAACCACAUGCUUCUAAAUUAUUGAAAUUUGAUUUCAAUGAUUUAUGUAUAAUAUGCACUAAGCCCCUAGAUAGAAAAAAUAAAACGGUACAAUCACUAAGCAAAAAUAAUGAUCACUUAAUCGAAUGUGCAAUCUCGAGAAAUGAUGAAUAUGGUGAAGAAAUACUUUAUCGCCUCGAUUCUCUUUCGGCACUACAGAACGUCCCCGCAUAUUAUCAUCUUCAUUGUAUGAAUUCUGUGAAAACAACUAAAAACAUGACCAGAAAUAUAACUAAAGAAGAAACUGAGAAAAAAUUCGCUGAAGUAACAAAUUAUAUCGAGAAUGAAGGGAAAAUGCUAUACCAUUUAACAGAACUGCGGGAGGUAAUGGGUGAAAACUUUCUGAACAAUAACACUUUAAUAAAAAAAUUAAAAGAAAAAUAUAAUGAUGAUAUUUUGAUUGAACAACACCGUGGAAAGCAACCAGUUUUUCUUUACAAAUCAUUUAGUAUAAUGGAACUCAGUAAAGAUUGGCUUUCAAAUCCUGAUUCUCUGAAUAAAGAUCAAAAAAAUAUCAUUCUACGAGUAGCUGGUGAAAUCGUUGUAGCUGACAUAAAGAAGCAAAAUUAUGAGUGUGAAAAUUAUCCUCCUUCCAGUAAAUUUCUUGAUACCACUGUAUCUGAGAUUCCGGAAAGUUUGAAAACUCUGCUAUUCCAUUUACUUGAUUCCAAAUGUGAUGGAAGGAAAGAUGUGAAGCGUGACACAAUUGCACAUUCCAUAAUUUCAAUUGUUCGUCCAAAAUCCUACAUUUCCAAAUUUCAGUUAGCUGUAGGAACUUAUGUUUACAGAAAAACAGGAUCUCGAUUGAUUAUUGACCUGAUGAGUAAAUUAGGGGUAUCGGCAACAUACCACAAUAUUCAGAUAUAUGAAGCUUCCGUCAUUAUGCAACCUGCAAAAUUAAUCACCCAUGCCAACUCUUUCACUCAAUUUGUUUUUGAUAACACAGAUCAUAAUGUGAGCACGUUAGAUGGUCAUGAAACAUUUCAUUGUUUGGGAGGUAUUAAAGUCAGCACACCAGAUUAUAAUAUUGAAUAUGAAGGAUGUUCCAAAAAGCUAACGAAAAUGCCAUCGGCUUCUGUGUUGGCCUCACAAAAGCAGAUAAAAAUAAUACCAUUCAAUUCCACAAAUCCCGAUGGAUUGAAGAACGUGGUUUUCGUUGAUGUGGAUAAACUCCAUAUAAAAGCACACCCAGAUAUGCCCAAAUCUUAUGUUGCUUAUUUGUGUGCGAAAGCUCAUGAAAUAGAAAACAUUCCAACAUGGAAGGGAUUUCAUGAAAUUUUAUCAAGAGACGUAACAUAUUCGAUGUCACAUGUUCAUUGUCUUCCAUUCAUUAAUGCAGCACCAUCAAGUUUGACGACAUUACAUACAGCUUUGCUUUAUGCAGUGGAAGAAACGAAGAAAAACAAUGCCACAACAACUUUUGUAACUUUUGAUCAGCCGCUUUAUUUCAAAGCUAACUCAAUCAUUUGCCAAUCAGAUAAUCCUGAUUUCAAGAAUGUAGUUGUAAGAUUAGGAGGUUUCCAUUUGCUGAUGUCAUAUAUGGGAGCCAUUGGCUUUAUCAUGGAUGGAAGUGGUUUGAAAGACCUUUGGGCUACUGCAUAUAUGCUGCACAAUCAGCGAAGAAAAUGUCUGAAGGACAUGCUUUCAGCAGAGCCUUACGUGCUCAUAUAUUGA